GCAGGGCUACUGCCGGACUACCGUUAGAUGAACCCAGAUGAACCAUAAACGGGCGGCGUUGUUACAGCGUCUGCCAUUUUGAUUAGAAUUAAGUUAAAGCUACUUCCCGAGAUAUUGUAGUAGCCUUCUUUAAAUCAAGGCUACAGUCUUGUGGGCAAAAUGCUUUCCGCAGCCCAGUUACUCGAUGAGUUAAUGGGCCGAGAUAGAAACUUGGCCCCUGACGAGAAGCGAUCCAACGUGCGAUGGGACGAUGAGACCGUAUGCAGAUACUACCUAUGCGGCUUCUGCCCGGCUGAGCUAUUCACCAACACCCGCUCUGACCUGGGCCCUUGUGAAAAAAUCCACGAUGAAAAUCUUAGAAUCACGUAUGAGAAAAGCUCUAGGUUCAUGAAGGAGGGCUAUGAGCGGGACUUCCUACGCUAUCUGCAGUCCCUCUUGGCAGAGGUGGAACGCCGGAUUCGUAGAGGGCACGCCCGCCUUGCCCUUUCACAGGCUCAGCAGAAUGCAGGGGGUCCUGGUCCAACAGGAAAGAAUGACGAGAAGGGUCAGGUUCUUACAGAAAAAAUUGAAGACCUAGUUUUGCAGAUUGAGGAGCUGGGGUCGGAGGGCAGAGUGGAGGAGGCCCAGGGAAUGAUGAAGCUGGUGGAGCAGCUAAAGGACGAGAGGGAGCUGAUCACCUCCACCCCCUCGACCAUCGAGAGCUUUGCAGCCCAAGAGAAACAGAUGGAGGUGUGUGAGGUGUGUGGGGCCUUCCUCAUUGUGGGGGACGCACAGUCCAGAGUAGACGACCACUUGAUGGGCAAGCAACACAUGGGCUACGCCAAGAUCAAAUCCACUGUGGAAGAGCUCAAGGAGAAACUUCGCCGUCGCUCAGAGGAACCCCAAGAUGAAAACCCAGCGCUAAAGAAGGACAGAGAAGACCGCGAGCAUGAGAGGGAGGAAAGGGAGAAAAAGCGCAAAGAGGAGGAAGAGAAGGAAAAAGAGCGAGAGAAGCGUGACAAGGAGAAGGAAAAAGAGAAGGAGCGCGAGAAGGAGCGAGACAAGGAGCGGGACAAGGAGCGGGACAGAGAUAGAGACAGGACAGAGAGAGAGGGACCGGAGGACACGCCGAAGCAACUCCAACAGUCGCAACUCCAGCCGAGCAUCGGACAGGAAGCGGAGCAGGUCCCGAGAUCGCCGGCGCUCCAGGAGCAGAGACAAGGAGAGGGAGAGGGAACGCAAGCGCAGCAGGAGCCGGGCAGGGAGAGGAAACGCAGUCGUGAGCGCUCCGACAGAAAGCGUCGCUCCCGUAGUCGUGACAGGAAGAAGUCACGCAGCGCAGAGCGCAAAUCUCACCGCCAUCGCAGCCGCAGCAAGGACAAGGACAGGGAGGAGAAGAAAGACAGGGACAAAGAGCGGUCAUCGAAAGACAAAGACCGUAAGGUGACGGAGGAGAGGAGCAGCUCUAAGAAAGAGAAGCACUCUGACGGCAAUGCAGCUGCCAUUAAGGCUUCGUCCGAACCAGAACCGAUGGAGAAAAAGGCGGCGGCCCCCGCCCCCCCUCAGAUUAACGGCCAGCAAGAGCUCCUCCAUUCUGAAGGGGACUCUGGGACUGGGAUAUUGUUGGAGGAAGAAGUGGAAGAGCGCACGCAUCCUUUCCCUGAACCUGACACCUCGCUGCUUAAAACAAGGUGAACCACAAAUGUGUAGUGGCUUAUUUAAAAUCACGAACGUACAUGUGUAAAUGAGAGGGGGGGAAUUAAUUUUCAUGUUCCAUCUGUCUAUCUUUUGGCCGGAUGAGGGUAGUCGGGUUCAUCUGAUGUAUUUCUUGGUCUAGAUGUCAGGCAGGCAUCUUUCUGAAUACCAAACUUAGAGCAGUUCGUUAUGGGUUUUUGUGUUCCUAUUUUAAAAGCCUUUACACAUCAUCCUUGUUUCUUGGCAUUUAGUGAAAUUGAAAUAAAUAAAAAUUGCUUGUGGUUUGUUUUGGUUUGUCAGGUUCCACUUCAAUCCCUGAACUUUUUAUAGUCAGUUAAAAGCGUAUGUACAAUGUUAGUCCUAUGACAGGGCGUUUCUUUUUUCUCUUCCACUCGGAGCUCACGUUGAUUGCUCUUGUCCCCUUACUGUAAAAAAGGAUUUUUGAUCAAACAUUCGAGGACUGAAGAUUUGUUUAAUUUUGCUCUGCUUUUAAUGUCCAUGUUGUCUCGGUGAAUAAAAAGUAAAAACUUG